CCAAAUUCAAGAAUCCAAAACAGAAAUUAGAGUAACCCAAGCCAAAUUAAAAGAGAGAGGAUGAAUUUCAUGGCUAUGGCUUACCCGAAAAGUCCAGAAAUCGCACCCCACACAGCAGAAACCCGCGGACAGCAGGGGAUGAAGACGCAGAGCAACGCAGAUCUGGAAAUUCUGGUUUUGAUAGGUGUUCUAGAACGAGAAAAUGGGGAGAAUUCCCCAAGCUUUGCCGGAUUUCCGGCCGGAAAUGGGUGGCGGUAACGUGGGGGGCUCGUCGGGUGCAGAGGGUCGGGGGAGGAAGGAGAAGCAGAGGCAGAAACACGCGGCUGGUGAGGAAGAAAAGAAAGAAAAAGAAAAAGAAAAAAAGCAGGUAAUCCUUA